AUGCAGGCCUCCUCGGGAAUGCUCACAAAGUUUGAGUCCAAGUCGUCGCGCGCAAAGGGCAUCGCAUUCCACCCUAAACGACCAUGGAUCCUCGUCUCCCUCCAUUCGUCUACCAUCCAACUGUGGGAUUACCGCAUGGGCACCCUGAUUGACCGAUUCGAAGAACACGAUGGCCCGGUCCGCGGUGUUGAUUUUCACAAGACACAGCCCCUCUUCGUCUCGGGUGGUGAUGACUACAAGAUCAAGGUCUGGUCGUACCAGACCCGCAGGUGUCUGUUCACGCUGAAUGGGCAUCUGGAUUAUGUCCGCACCGUCUUUUUCCACCACGAGCUCCCCUGGAUUGUCAGCGCUAGUGACGACCAGACGAUUCGGAUAUGGAACUGGCAAAACCGCUCCCUGCUGUGCACCAUGACGGGCCACAACCACUACGCCAUGUGCGCCCAAUUUCACCCCAAGGAUGAUCUCGUCGUCUCGGCCUCGCUCGAUCAGUCAGUCCGAGUUUGGGAUAUUUCCGGUCUCCGCAAGAAGCAUUCUGCCCCCACAUCAAUGUCAUUCGAGGACCAAGUGUCCCGCGCCAAUGCGAAUCAGACCGACAUGUUCGGUAACACCGAUGCCGUUGUCAAGUUCGUGCUUGAGGGCCACGACAGGGGCGUGAAUUGGGUGGCUUUCCAUCCUACCAUGCCGUUGAUUGUUUCGGCGGGAGACGAUCGCCUGAUCAAGCUGUGGCGCAUGAGCGAGACCAAGGCGUGGGAAGUCGAUACUUGCAGAGGCCACUUUCAAAAUGCUAGCGGUUGCUUGUUCCAUCCUCACCAGGACCUCAUACUGUCCGCCGGCGAGGACAAAACAAUUCGUGUUUGGGACUUGAAUAAGCGGACUGCUGUCCACACCUUUAAGCGUGAGAACGACCGAUUCUGGGUCAUUGCAGCCCAUCCAGAAAUCAAUCUUUUCGCUGCUGGUCACGAUAAUGGUGUGAUGGUAUUUAAACUUGAGCGCGAAAGGCCAGCAUCCACCGUUUACCAGAACUUGCUGUUCUACAUCACAAAGGACAAGUGUGUCAAGUCCUACGACUUCCAGAAGAACGUGGAGUCGCCCACACUCCUCUCGCUUAAGAAGCUCGGCAGCCCCUGGGUACCACCCCGCACCGUGUCGUACAACCCGGCCGAGCGCUCAGUUUUGGUCACCUCCCCGGCUGACGGCGGCACCUACGAGCUCGUCAACCUCCCUCGCGACGGCUCUGGCGCUAUCGAGCCGGCAGAGUCAAAGCGUGGCCAGGGCAACUCGGCCAUCUUUGUUGCCCGCAACCGAUUUGCCGUUCUGAACACAUCCACACAGACGGUGGACAUCAAGGAUCUGACCAAUAACACGACGAGGUCUUUCAAGCCACCUGUUGGAACCAGCGACAUUUACUUUGGCGGUACUGGAAACCUCCUUAUCAUCACCCCGACCGCGGUCCACCUCUACGAUAUCCAGCAGAAGAAGACGACAGCGGAGCUCGCCGUCAACGGCGUCAAGUACGUGGUCUGGUCUAACGAUGGCCUAUAUGCUGCUUUGCUCAGCAAACACAACGUCACCAUCGUGACGAAGACGCUAGAGCAGGUCAGCACCCUCCAUGAGACGAUUCGGAUCAAGAGUGCCACCUGGGACGAUGCUGGUGUGCUUUUGUACUCGACCCUGAACCACGUCAAGUAUACUUUGCUUAACGGCGACAAUGGUAUCGUCCGGACCCUCGACCAGACCGUCUACCUGGUUCGUGUCAAGGGCCGCAACGUGUACUGCCUUGACCGUGCGGCGAAACCGAGGAUCCUCCAGAUCGACCCCACCGAGUACCGCUUCAAGCUUGCACUCGUCAAGAGGAACUACGAGGAAAUGCUCAACAUCAUCCAGAACUCGAGCUUGGUUGGCCAGUCGAUCAUCUCAUAUCUGCAAAAGAAGGGCUACCCCGAAAUUGCGCUCCAGUUCGUGCAGGAUCCCGCCACCCGGUUCGAGCUUGCAAUUGAGUGCGGGAAUCUCGAGGUUGCAGUCGAGGUGGCUAAGCAACUGGAUCGCCCCAAACUGUGGACGAGGUUGAGCGCAGAGGCACUUGCACAUGGCAACCAUUCCAUUGUCGAGAUGUGCUACCAGAAACUCAAGCAUUUCGACAAGCUUUCGUUCCUGUACCUCACGACUGGCGACAAUGCCAAGCUCUCCAGGAUGGCGAAGAUCGCUGAGCACCGUGGCGACUUCACCUCCCGGUUCCAGAACGCUUUGUACUUGGGCGAGGUUGAAGAUCGCAUUCAAAUGUUCAAAGAGAUUGAUUUGUAUCCCCUGGCGUACAUGACUGCUAAAGCCCACGGCCUGGACGAGGAGUGCCAAUCCAUUCUUGAGGCGACUGGUCUCACAGAGGAUCAGCUCAAUCUUCCUACCUUCGGCGAACCGCUCAGCCCGCCGAAGCCCGUGGUACCUACGCACCAAGCCAACUGGCCUACCAAGGCAACGUCCCAGUCUUUCUUCGAGAAGGCUCUACUUGGCCAGUUUGAGGGUUUGUCAUUAGAGAACGAGCCGACGGCGGCAAACGGGCUGGGUGAGGCGGAAGAUGAUGCUACUGGCACGCGAGACACCCUCGCCGAGGUUGAGGAGGACGAGGAUGCCGCCGGUUGGGAUAUGGGCGAAGACAUCGUCGCCGAGGUGGAGGAAGGUUUCGUCAACGUGGAGAGUGCCGAUGCUGGUGGUGCCGGCAGCAGUGAAGCGGAUUUGUGGGCACGCAACUCUCCGUUAGCUGUGGACCACGUCGCCGGCGGCUCAUUUGAGACGGCCAUGCAGCUGCUCAACCGCCAGGUUGGUGCUGUUAACUUUGCGCCUCUCAAGCCUCGGUUCUUGGAAGUCUACCAAGCGUCGAAAACCUACCUCCCGGCGUCGGCUGGCCUGCCGCCGCUGGUUAACUACGUUCGCCGGACAGUCGAGGAAUCGGACCCUAGGAAGGUUCUCCCCAUCGUCCCCCGAGAUUUGGAAUACCUGGCCUCCAACGACCUGCAGCGUGGCUAUGACGCUAUGAAGGCAAACAGACUGGACGACGGUCUCCGGAUCUUCAAGGGCAUUCUGCAUUCGGUGCUCAUCAACGCGGUGGGCAGUGACGGCGAGGUGGCCGAGGCCAAGAAGUUGGUCUUGUCGGCCGGCGAGUACGCCGUUGCCAUGUCCAUCGAGCUCGCGCGGAGAGCCCUCGGAGCGCCCGACGCGGUUAACCAGAACCCCCAAUUACUGAAGCGGAGCCUGGAGCUGUCGAGUUAUUUUACCAUCCCCAAGAUUGAGGUCCCCCACCGCCAGCUUGCGCUGCUCAGUGCCAUGAACCUAGCAAUGCGCGGCAAGAAUUAUAACACGGCACUGAGCUUUGCCAACAGGAUACUGGCGAACGGGGGCGCGAGCAAGAUCCUGGAGAGUGUAGGUUCACCCCGACCUUUUGCAAUCCCUUGCGUAGAGCUAACAAGAUCACAGGCUCGCAAGUUCAAGGUUCAGUGUGAGCAAAACCCGAAUGACGCCGUCGAGAUUGAGUUCGACCAGUUCGCCGAAUUCGAAAUCUGCGCGGCUAGCCACACACCCAUCUACAGCGGCACCGCGCACGAAGUGUGCGCAUUUGAUGGGUCCAAGUACCACACGAAGUACAAGGGUACCGUUUGCACCGUGUGCGAGGUUUGCGAAGUGGGCAAGCACGGAAGCGGCCUUAAGUUGUUCGCUUGA